UGUAUUGUGUUUGCUUGUUGCUCAGUGUUUUGAUGAAUUUUGUCGUGAGCUAUGAAGUAAUUCGUCUUCCACCAAAGUGGGUUCAUCCAUAUUCCUUACACUACGAUAUUGAGUGUAACAACUUAUACUUCUCAGAUCUUUUAAAUCAAACCAUUAAUCGCUUCGAUUUAAAUGAUAACCAGUAUUAUUUGGCUUCAAUUGAAGGCGAUAUUGCACCAAGUUUCAUAAUUCCGCUAGAAGGACAGAAAAAUAAAUUUGUUAUUAGUGAUAAACGAACUGUAUCGAUAAUAAAAUGGAAUGGAAUCGACCACACCGCAACAGUUAUCCGAAAACUAUUCACUGUAGAAACAGAAGAGAUCAACGCAAAUAAUAAUUGGAAUAUUGCAAAAGUAUCUCCCGUAACUUGCAGAUUGUACGGUGGCACAUUCCGUGGAAAUCUUUGUUCGAGCGAACCGGGAGGAUUUGCUUCACUUUAUUCGUAUUCUAAAUUAGGUGGUGUAAAGCGUCUUAAGAGUAAUUUUAAAAUUUCGGGUGGAAUUGAUUGGAAUGUAGCCAAGCGAUUAUUUUAUCAUAUUGAUUCAUGCAAUUUGGUCAUUAGAGAGUACUGCUGGGAUCCAAAAAGUGGCAAAUUAAGUAACGGUCGUAUUGUGUAUAAAUUCGACAAUUUCGGUGAUAGUGGUUUGGCGUUGCUCGGAAUGACCAUCGAUAAAAAAGGAUAUUUAUAUGCGGCUUCUUAUUUGGGCAGUGAUGUUUUGAAAAUAAAUCCAAGAACAUCAAAAUUAGUGGAAAGAAUAAAAAUUCCCGCGGAGGCAGUGGCGUCAGUCACAUUUGGAGGUCCAAAUCUUGAUAUUUUAUUUGUAUCCACCGAUGACCGUCCAUUCAAUAUAACUACAGGUGGAAUUUCCACAAGAGAUAUUUCCCCAUUGAGUGGAUCAAUAUUUAUGGUCAAAGGACUCGGGUCAAAGGGUUAUCCUGGACGUAAAUUGUGCAUUCCUUGAGAAUAAAAAGUUAAUUGAUGUCAUAAAUAUCAUUUUCUCUACUUCCAAUUAUCGAAUACAAAUAAAAUUGUUGAUUCAAAUCCAAUUCCGUA